UAGGAAUUUUAAUUUAUUGCAUAUAUAAUAUACCUUUACUAUUACUGCAUUAAUUUUUAUUAUAGCGUGUAUUUUAACUAUAAUUAAUAUAAUAUAAUCUAGGAAUGAUGCUGAGUUAGUUGACGAAAUUGUCAAACAUAUUAGAGAGAAAUUGGAAACUCUUCAUUCACCAAUUGAUUAUUUAAAGAAAGGCUUAGUUGGAAUCGAUAAGCGCAUUAAAGAUCUCGACAAAUUGUUAGCAAAUGCUUCCAAGGUAGGAAUUUUUGGCACGGGCGGGCUGGGUAAGACCACCCUAGCUGAAGUUGUAUUCGAACGAUCUCGUCAUCAAUUUGAUCAUGGGUGCAUUUUAAAAGAUGUUCGAGAACAAAUCGAAAAAAAUGGAUCAAAUCAUUUGGCACAAGAUUUUGUCAAAAGACUAUCAAAGGAAGAAAAUGGAGAUUUCGAUGAUGCAAAAAAGAAAAUGCUAAGUCAGAAAAAGUUGCUGUUAGUUCUUGAUGAUGUGGAUUGCUUGGAACAUUAUGAAGCUUUGCUUAAAGAUGAACGUGAUUGGUUAAACUCUGAAAGUAAAGUUAUCAUAACAAGCAGAGAUAAACAACUACUUCGAAAUAUUGUUAGAGGCAACGAAAACAUAUACGACUUACAGAGACUAAAUGAAGAAGAAGCUCUUCAACUCUUCUUGUUGCAUGCUUUCAAAAGGGAAAAUGUUGAAGAAAAGGAGAGAGAAUUUUCAAGAAAGUUUGUAGACUAUGCUAAAGGUCUUCCAAUUGCUCUUAAAGUCUUGGGUUCUGAUCUUUAUUUAAAGAGUAUGAAUGAAGGGCAAAGCUUGUUGAGUAAGCUGAAACAAGUAGAACCCGAUCAAGGAGUACAAAAGGUACUAAAAGUAAGUUUUGAUGGACUGGAAGAAAAAGAGAAGAGCAUAUUUCUUGUUAUAGCAUGUUUCUUUCGAGGUCAGGACAAAGAUUUUGUGAAAGAUAAAUUGGGUGGUCGUGGUUCUUUUGAUGCUGUUAUUGGAGUUCUUGUUGACAAGUGUUUGAUAACUAUAUCUAAAAGCACAUUUGCUCAUGGGCUAGUCCUUCAAGUGCAUGAUUUGUUACAUGAAAUGGGCCAGUCCAUUGCUCGUGGGUUAGGUCGUAAUCAUUUGCAAAAUCAUAGUAGAUUAUUGAUGUCUAAAGAUAUUUGCCACGUCUUGAAGAAUGAUAAGAAUUGGCGCGAAAGAUUGAAGAUGUUUAUAGUGUUAGCUGGUAGAUUGAAGAUUAAAUAGCUGAUGUUCUACACUUGAAUUUGGAGGAAAGCCACUAUGCAUUACACGAUUUUUUAAUUUCUUUUAUUAAUUAAUCCAGAAAUCCUUGCAUCUUGUAUAUGAAUUUUGUAUCUUGUAAAGUUGUAAUAUUUUUACUUAAUCUAACCUUCUUUGUUUUCGUCAUCAA